UCAGCAUUAUAUAGUUGAAAAUGCCAUGCUUCGCUUCUUUUUCCUAGACACAAUCAGAAAUUUCUUCUAUUUGAGAAUUUCUUUGUUGGGAUUGUUUGUCUGAGAUGGGUAUAACUGGAGAGCUUGUAAGAAGUGUAUUCUCCAAAAGCCGGUCUGUCCAGAGGCAUGACAGCCAAGGUCAUCAUGGAAGGAGCAAUGCAGCGGAGAAGAAAAAAUGGAGCAGCUCUGUUCGGUCGUACUUAUGUGGUGAUGAGCAUAAUUCAGCGCUUGCGGCUGAUGAUUCUGGCUCCGUUAGAAGUUCAACGGUUGCAGAGGUGGACUUAGCUUCAUUUAGGAGCAACAGGGCUACAAAUAUUAGUAGUACCGGUGGAGGGGGAGAUGUCACUUCAGUUUAUGCUGACGAAGAUACAGCUUCUCUGAGGAGCUCUGAGGCUACGGUCAAUCAACCGUUGCACGGAGAUUCAAAAGAUGAAGAUCGAAAGGAGAAACAAAACUCGACUUACAGACUCUUUCGGCAAGAGGAUGCUGCUUUGAUCAUCCAAGCAGCAUUUAGAAGCUUUCAGGCAAGACGUGCACAAUGUGAAGCCAAGAUGCAAGACGACGAGCAUGAACCUGCAGCUAGCCUGAGUCGGGAGUCGAUAGGCACAUCUAUUGAAGUUCAAACGGGGAAUUCGUCCGAUAUUUUCUCAAUCAAGGAGGAGAGUUGUGAUGUGCACCAAAAAAUAAGACAGAGAGCCAGAGCCCAAGUGCUGAAAAUCCAGAUUGAUCUCAAGGGGUUGUUUCCAACUCAAAACCUUUCCAUUCGACGUUCCCAGGAAGAUUGGGACGAUAGCACCGUAAGCAGCGUGAUAGCAAAAAUGAGAAUGCAGCACCGGCUGGAAGCAGCAACAAGGCGCGAGAGAGCUCUGGCUUAUGCUUUCUCACAACAGCUAAGAAUUUGUUCGAAAAAGAAACAAAGCACAACGAGCGGUGAUGAAACAAACAUGGGGUGGAGCUGGCUGGAACGGUGGAUGGCUGCCCGUCAGCCGGAACUUACGUUGAUGGGAGAAAUCAUAACUGGUGGUGAGCAGAAAACAGUCAUCAGAAAGAGAAUGCUGGAUGCAGCAAUGGAAGAGAAGGAGAGCUGUGGAUCUAAUGAGGUUUCUUCACUAGUUGAAGUUGGUGUUUUGUCUGUCCCCAAGAACGUUCCAAGACCUGCCAAACCUAGAAGUAAGGCGACAAGAAGCCUCUCCAGACAAAACUCAACAUCUAGCCACUUGUGUCCGAGAGAAUCAAAGGAUACAAAGAAAGCGUGUCAUCUGACAGAUGAGAAAGAGAAGAGGAAAAGAACAAAGCAGCCAGUUGGAAAUAAGAGAGAAAUCAAGAACGCCACAACUCAAGUAUCUUUGGAGCAUGAGAAUCAGCACUAAUUUCUGAUCUGGGUUUGAUCUUGAUUGAUUGCUUUUUUACUUCAAGUGAUCAAUUGUAUAAUAUGUGUAGAGUAGUUCAUCCGAAAAGUACUUAAUUGUUUAUUUAUGUUGCUGCUGUAGAUCACAGAUCACCAUCCAUAACAUCAAUCUAGUAAAAAAGUCAUAUAUUCUUGUCAAUCAUCCUUAA